UCUGUCAGUGAUUGAAGCUGUAUUUUGUUAUUAAAGAGUUAGAAACCUUUACCUAAAAAUGGAUACUUCUGUCUAAUGAAAUCCAACAUGGCUAACCAAAAUACGGAGACGAGCAAGAUCGUACCAGAAGAAAACCGGGAUUACGGGCAAGUUCAGCCCGUCAACACGAAGUCAUGGCUGGAGGAGAACGAGAAGUUCUUCCUGCCUCCAGUCUGCAACAAAAUGAUGCACAACUGGCAGUUGAAGGUCAUGUUUGUCGGGGGACCAAAUCAGCGCAAGGACUACCACAUAGAGGAGGGAGAAGAGCUGUUCUACAUGGUGAAGGGAGACAUGUGUCUGAAGAUUGUGGAGCAGGGGAAACAUAAGGAUGUGGUCAUCAAGGAGGGUGAGGUGUUCCUCCUGCCAGCUCGCAUCCAACACUCGCCCCAGCGUGAGGAGAACACCAUUGGACUGGUGCUGGAGAGAGAGAGGGCAUCUGGAGAGACUGAUGGACUGAGGUAUUUCAUAGACGGGACCACAGAGAGGCUGUACGAGAAAUGGUUCCACUGUACUGACCUUGGCGCUGAGCUCAAACCUAUCAUUGAUGGAUACUUCAAUUCCACACAGUUCAAGACAGGAAAGCCAAUUCCAGAGGAACUUCAAGCAAACCUCCCAUUUGAGCUUGACAUGAAGACAGUUGUGAUGAAGCCAUUUCCACUGAAGGACUGGCUGCAGGAGCACAGGAAGGACCUGGAUGAAGAUGGAGGUGUCUCCAUGUUUGGGGACAAGUUCCAGUUUGAGACCCGGAUGUUUGGAAGUGGGAAGGCGGAGGGCAACAAUGCUACAGCAGAGACAUGGCUCUGGCAACUGGAGGGUGAGGCCAAGGUGACAGUUGGGGACCGAGUCCAUAACCUAGUGGCACACGACAGUCUGCUGAUCGCUCCAGGACAGAUGUACAGGUACGAGGGCACAGAGGGAGCAGUGUGCAUGGCUAACCUACAGGACCUUAACAGAAAGAGUUAGGAAGAUUGAGACAUGCAGCAAGUGAUAGCAUACUGAACCAUACACACUGCAUUCGAGUUACAAUAAGAUUUCAGAUAGUAUGUUAGCUUAAACCUCUAUAACAUUGGUUAGAUACGUCAUUUGACUAUCAAGCUCUUCUAUCAUUUUGGAAUUAUUUUGUUCUAACCAUUUCUGAGGAAAAAUGAGAGACAAGAUGUGGUAAACUACUUAUGACAUAUCUAGCCUUUGAUCAUUGUAAAUUGGGGUCUAUAUAAUUAGGACACAGAUGAUCUUCAAAUUUCAACAUCAUUGCUCUCAUUUACACUGAAAUCUAGUGAAUUAUGCCUCUUGAAAAUUUUGAUGUACAAGUUAGUGAUACUCUGAACUACAGUACUUGUAUGUAAAAAGAAUUGUAGUUUUACUUUCUAACUAAAGGCAAAAUUUGUAUUGUAAACUGUAAAAUUUUGGCAAGUCUUAUUUUGAAUUUCCAAGAAAACCAUUGUUGCUUUGAGGGAAAGAUGAUAUGGAAUAGAUAGAUAAUAAAAAAUAUUUUGUACUAUAAUACCAUGAGAAGUUACUUUUAUUCCAUAUAGUAGCUAAUGUGAAGGUUAUAUGCUUGUCAUUUAUCCAUCUCUAACCAUCAUGGACAUGUUAAACAUUAGCCCAAAGCUCCUCUCU